GACAGAUUGUCAUUACUGCCGAUGUGACGAUUACACAUAAAUGACAGCACUAAAGACCAAUUUUGAUACAAACUCCAGGUUUUUACGAUUUAUAUAAAACUGCAUUAGCCUCGCUUAUGCAGAUGUGUUUUGACUUGGUAAUGCACUAGAAGGAAGAUGUCGAUUUUCCACAGUUGUGAUGGGAAUGUAUGAACAGAUAUCGAUCGCGCUGUUAGUCCCCGCCACUAUCUUGUACAGCCUAGCCUGUGUCAGUCACUCGUGGUUCCAGUUACCGGGUGUGUCCUACGGUCUGUGGGUGGCUAAGUACUGCGAUUACCUGUCCUGUCACAUCAUUCCAGCUUUCUUUACUGAAGAACCAGUAUGGUACCACGUCCUUCAAGCAUUGAGUCUCUUUGGUUGGUCUGGGAUGGUGGCAUCAUUAACCCUCCUAACUUCCAAGAAGUUCGACACCAGCCUUCCAAAGUUAUGGCGAUAUCACAAACACCUGGUCGUUUCUGCGGUUUGUAUUGUAUCAGUGUUUGGCAUCUCCUUGAGUCUGGUGAUGUUCUAUGGUAAACUAGACGAGUCCUGCACCUCUGCCAGCCCACAGAUUCAGUGGUCCGCAUUUAUGGCUGCUGCAGCAUGCGCACUGCAGUUCUGCGCAGGACUAUUACUCACUCAAACAUAAACCCUCAAGUCCAAGCAUAAUACUACAAAUGCAAUACCUUAAGUCGAAGUAUUAAAAGAAACGUAUUUUCAUAUUCAGAAUUUUGGUGAGCAUUAGAGAGAGAGAGAGACUGAUACCUAUAAGUGUCGGAUCCACGGGGUCAGAGUGAUGGUCAUUUUCUGUUCCAGUCACCUGGACUAGGACUGGAGUCCACUCUAUGUCAUGUCAUACCGGAUUAGUCUGGUUCUCAUUUUCUGUUCCAGUCACCUGGACUAGGACUGGAGUCCACUCUAUGUCACGUGAUACCGGGUUAGUCUGGUUGUCUUUUUCUUUUUGACAGAUACAUGUAUUCCCGAGUUUUAUUUAGCUUGUUUAAAUGUAGUAAUGUUAUUUUUUCUAGCAAUAGAAUUCUCAUUUUCUUUUCCUAAAUAAUUUAUACAAAAUACUUGAUAUAUUUCAUAAAUGUUUCAUAUUUCCAAGAAAUUGUAUCCAAUUUUCAACAUUGAUUUUUCUGUUACUAUUUAGAUUAUGUUUGGCAUUCUAGAAUUACAUGUACAAAUGUAUAGACUAGCAAACAUGGUUUUGUACCUGACAAUACAGGUAUUAAAAUAAUAUUUGACAUUGGAAAAAAGUAUCUCAUUGAUAUGUUAAUCAUUCAAAAUAAAUCGAAAGGUGCUAUGCUCGUGA